UCUUGUACUUCUCGAUGGACAAGCUUUGUUUAAACUCCUGAAAAAGGGGUUAUUUGCUCAUCAGCAGGAAAUCAUGCCCAAGGGGUUGCAUUGGCUGCCAGGAAGCUUGGUUGCAAUGCUGUUAUUGCUAUGCCUGUUACAACUCCUGAAAUUAAGUGGCAAUCUGUUGAGAGGUUGGGUGCAACUGUUGUUCUCGUUGGAGAUUCUUAUGAUGAGGCACAAGCAUAUGCUAAAAAGCGGGCUAAAGAGGAAAGUCGUACCUUUAUACCCCCUUUUGAUCAUCCAGACAUUAUCAUGGGACAAGGUACUAUUGGAAUGGAGAUUGUGCGCCAAAUGCAAGGCCCAUUGCAUACAAUCUUUGUUCCCGUUGGUGGUGGUGGGCUCAUAGCUGGCAUUGCUGCUUAUGUGAAGAGGGUUUCCCCAGAGAACACUCUUGCAGGUUUUACAAAGCUAUCAUCCACAUUGAGUAAUUUAGAGAUGCUUGACUUAAAAUACAAUUACUUGAAUGAUAGCAUUCUGCUAUCUCUGAGUGAGCUUUCAUCUCUUCGAUAUUUAGAUCUAUCAUACAAUCGAAUUGAAGGAUCAAGUCAUUCAAGAGGUUUCCAAUGGAUUUCAAGACUCACCAAAUUGGAAACUCUUGUUUUAAGUGGGAAUUCUUUGAAGAAUAGUGUUCUUCUCCAUAUGAGAAAUCUUUCAUUCUUGAAGAAUUUAAGAUUGAGCGAUAAUCACUUGGAAGGAAGGGUGCUUCAUAUUCAAGAUUGUCAGACUUGAAAUUUGCCUCCAGAAACUAUAUGGAGAGCUUUGUACAUUUCCUUUUCCAUGGCCCCCAUGUCUACUACGAUUUCAACCAUUCUAUACCAAGAAGUAUGCUACUUAUAAGUUACUUUGAUUUCUUUUUACUCAUUCUACUUGCAAGGAAGAGAGCAAGUUGUACUUGUAUGAUUAUGAGUAUGCAAGUUAUAAUCCUGUUGCCUUUGAUAUUGCAAAUCACUUCUGUGAGAUGGCUGCCGAUUAUACACAGAUACACCCCAUGUUAUGGAUUAUAGUAAAUAUCCAGCUUAUUAAGAGAGUAAGAUGGCAUCCACUUUCACAGCCAUGUCAUCAGUUGGGUCAUUCGUUGCAUCUAAUGGUUUGGCCAUAAAAUAAUUUAUGGUUUUGCUCAAUCAAGUGACCGAGAUUCCGUUUAACAAUUUUCUUUAUUGCUGGAACAAGUCUUAACCAAGAUCAAGAUCAAAGUACUUCACUAAGUUAUAUAUGCAGGCAUUGCAAUACUUUGGCUUCAUCUAAGCUUGAGCCAGCCCUCUGUUGUAUAUUGUUUCUUCUUCUUUUUUGAUAUUUUUCCUUUGAUUAAUGAGAGGUGAUGAUGAUUUGGCAUUAUCUUUUCACCAGGAUGAAUUUUGUUUUUGUAAUUGUAAUACUUUGUGUGUAUUUUUUUUUGUAUUAAAUUACAUAUUGAAUCAAUAUUUAUGUAUUAAA